AUGGGACUCACUUGCAACCCUCCCAAGCCUGGCGAUGAAUCAUAUGAAAAGUUUUCAAAGGUAUGCUCCUAACUGUAACUUAACCCAGAGAAACUCACGCGCCUCGCGUGAUCAUAAUCAGUGCUACUUUAUCGCUCGUGUAAUUUUUUAAAGGGGGAUCUGUCACGGCUGACUAGUUUAUAUGGUUGAUAAUGGCAAUAACGAGUCAUUAUUCGCUAUGGAACUUGAGAACUUAGUACUUAGUUGUGAAUGACAGAAUUAAUAGCGUCGUAUUGUUCUUUUUUCACCUUGUCUCUAGUGCUCAGGCUGUAACGCGUUCCAGGUUUUAACGAAAAUGUAACAAUUUGAACCGUAGCUUUUCACGAUACAUAUAAAAGCAGUGAAAAAUAUAAUACUUAGUCAGGUGACGCCUCUAAUGCUUACCUGCCACCCACGAGAUAGCCGAUUUAACAAAUAAAGCUUGUUCCUCUUACCCUGGGUACCAGAGGUUUUUCUCGCGCGUGGCGGGAUCCUUCGGCCCGCCGGCCGAAGCCACGAGUGGCGAUAAAGAUUUGAAAAACCGGAAGCCAUGCAUGAAAAGUCUCUGGCACGCAGGAUAGGUAUCCAUUGAUUCUUUUGCCCAAACAAAACGUCAGAUUCGAGUCUUACGCAAGUAAAGUUUGCCAAGUGCUGAAGUCGCUAAGGGACUAGGCCGAGUAAAUAAAAAUGUCUAUUUUCUCCUGGAACAUCCGGCAAUCUUCUUAUAAAUGUAUAGAAAAUGAUCUUUAAUUGCGACGCACUAGGGAAAUUCUAUAGAAGUGAUUACCUUCAGUAUUACCAUAUCUUGCAUAAGCAUUAUUUUGUGUUUUAUCUGUUAUACAGGAAGUAACGUCCAUCAAGGAUUCUUACAGGAAGAAAGCAAAGAUGACAACAGAGGUUCUUAACUCAAUGGAAAAUGUUAAGUGUAACGAGGUGGCAAGUGCAAUGUAUGCGUUUCCGAGGAUAACACUUCCAAAGAAAGCUAUCGAGGCAGCCAAGGUAUCAUGUUCUGUUUCCGGCCCUGAUUUCUAGUGCCACACUGCAGAAUACUGUCAGUAAUGGAUAUCCUAGGUGUACGGUAAUCCAGAUUCCGGAACCCGGGAAUUUUUUUCUUGUAGACUGAUCCGGAAUCAGUUCAGGGGUUUGAAAUUUGGAAUUCAGACCCGGUUGUUCAUAAGAUGCAUAGCUCUAUCCACCGGACAAAUUCACUAUCCAGUGGAUAGGUAUGAGCGAAACCAAUUGCACUAUCCACUGGAUAGAGAUUUAUCCGGUGGAUGGCGUUAUCCACCUUUGAACAGCUGGGGCUUGCUCUAUAUAUGAAGCCCGGAAUCUCGCUAACGAUUGGAAUCUGGAAUCCACGUUUCAUGGACAAGGAAUACUGAAUCCAGUACCCGCCAUCCGGGAUCUACAGCAUAAAAUCCGCAAUCCACAACGUGCGAUCGAGAAGCCAAGA